UCCAGGGGAAGAUUUUUAAACGAGGCACGUUACGUAGCAACUAGGAAGUGUUCAGAAAGGCUCGGCGCCUCCAGCUGGAUCAUACAUAAAAGUACUAAGAUAAAAAUGGAGGGAUCUUCCAAAAGCGAUGCAUCUGAUCAUUCAUCUGCUGUCGCUGCUCAAGUUCCCUUCCAGCACCUAUGUAAUACUUUAGAAAAAAUCCAGAAGUUAAAACUUCGACCAGAAAAGUCUAAAAUCCUCCGGGAUUUCAUUGAGUCAUGGAGGACGUUCCAUCAUGCCCUACAUAAGGACAACCCCAAAACAACAGAUUCUUUCUACCCAGCGAUGCGUCUCAUCGUUCCUUCUUUUGAACGAGAGAGAAUGGCAUACGGAAUCAAGGAAAGCAUGUUAGCCAAACUUUUUAUUGAUGUAUUGUGCCUCCCAAAGAAUGGCCCAGAAGCUAAUAAACUGUUAAACUACCGCGCACCCACCACCUCCCAAGGGGAGUCAGGAGACUUUGCUAGCAUGGCAUACUUUGUGCUAAAGAAACGCUGCACCAGCCAGGGAAAGCUCAGCGUUAAAGAAGUUAAUGACUUUUUGGAUUCAGUCGCCAUCAACAACGCUAGCAAGAAGAAAGAUCUUGUGAAAAAGAGCUUGCUACACCUCAUCCAGCAGAGCUCUGCUCUUGAGCAAAAAUGGCUCAUCAGAAUGAUUCUGAAGGACAUGAAGCUCGGGAUCAGCAAGGAAACGGUCCUUCAGGUCUUUCACCCAGAUGCUUCGGAGCUCUACAAUGUGACCACAGACCUGAGCAAGGUGUGCCAGCAGCUCCACAGCCCCUCCGUGUCUUUAAGCGAGGUUUCCAUCGGACUUUUCUCUGCCUUCAAGCCCAUGUUGGCAGCCGUGGCCAACAUCCGCAAUGUGGAGAAGCAGAUGGGAAACAGCCCUUUUUACAUUGAAACCAAGCUGGACGGCGAGCGAAUACAACUGCAUAAAGAUGGCGAUGUGUACAAGUACUUUAGUCGGAAUGCCUUUGAGUAUACACAGCAGUUUGGUGGCUCACCUUUAGAGGGCUCCCUGACACCAUACAUCCACAAUGUUUUUAAAAGCCACGUUGUCAGUUGCAUCCUGGAUGGGGAGAUGAUGGCUUACAACCCAACCACAAAGACAUUCAUGCAGAAAGGCAGCAAGUUUGACAUCAAGAGACUGAUGGAAGAUUCCGAGUUGCAGACUUGCUACUGCGUGUUUGACGUGCUUUUAGUCAACGACCAAAAGCUUGGAAAUGAAAUGCUGGAGAAACGCUAUGAGAUCCUGCAGACCGUUUUUUCUCCAGUUCCUGGCCGGAUCCAACUGGUGCUCAAAACCGAAGCCAGUACCAUGCAGGAGGUGGUCAGUUCCCUUAACGACGCCAUAGACAACCGAGAAGAGGGAAUCAUGGUAAAGGACCCUUUAUCCGUUUACAAACCGGACAAACGCGGAGAGGGUUGGCUGAAAAUCAAGCCAGAAUAUGUGGAUGGCUUGAUGGAUGAACUUGAUCUUAUAAUUGUCGGCGGCUAUUGGGGUAAAGGAAGGCGGGGCGGUAUGAUGUCCCAUUUCCUUUGUGCUGUUGCAGAACCACCAAAGCCUGGUGAGAAACCGUCUGUUUUUCAUACGCUCUGCCGCGUUGGCUCUGGCUACACAAUGAAAGAGCUGUAUGACCUUGGCUUGAAGCUUGCCAAGCACUGGAGAGUCUACCGAAAAACUGACCCACCAUCCAACAUCCUUUGUGCAACUGAGAAGCCCGAGGUCUACCUUGAUCCAUGCAACUCCGUGAUCCUGCAAGUCAAGGCGGCUGAGAUAGUCCGAAGCGACAUGUAUAAAACCAACUGCACCCUGCGCUUCCCGAGGAUAGAAAAGAUCCGUGAUGACAAGGAGUGGUACCAGUGCAUGACCCUAGCAGAACUGGAGCAUUUCCAUAACAAAGCAUCGGGCAAACUGGCCUCACGGCACCUUCGAAUUGACACCGCAGAAGAACCACACAAAAAAAAGCGUAAACUACCUGCCCAAAUCAAGAAGGUAAUAGACCACUUUAAGCCCCAGGAUCUCUCCGGGGUCACCAAGGAGACAGACAUGUUUCAGGAUGUUGAGUUCUGCGUACUCAACGGGACAGAGGAUCACCCCAAGGCCGAGCUGGAGAAGGGCGUGGCCAGAUGUGGUGGUAUUGUUGUCCAGAACCCCGGGCGAGACACCUACUGUGUAAUUGCCGGCUUGGAGAACAUGCGUGUGAAAAACUUGAUUUUGUCCAACCAGCAAGAUGUUGUAUGGGCUUCCUGGCUGCUGGAGUGCCUGGAGCUGAAGAAAGUGGUUCCAUGGCAACCACGCCACAUGAUCCACAUGUCGCCGUCCACCAAGGAGAACUUCACCAAGGAGUAUGACAGACAUGGUGACAGUUACUUCGUAGACACGGAUGAACAGCAACUUCGGGAGGUGUUCGGGCGCAUAGGAAGGAAGGACACCUCGACGGCAGUGAAUGCCUGCCAGAUAGAAGAGCGAUACGGCUGGGAUGACCUUCCUACCAGUAUGUUCAGACCUUUCACAGCUUAUAUGGAUAGAAAUUGUGCCAUUUUGGAUAUCCGGGCCCUGGAGUUCCGCUAUCAUGGAGGCACCGUUGUGCAGAAGUUGGAGGAAGGGGUGUCGCAUGUUGUUAUUACAGAGGAAACCAGGCUUGUGGAUUUGAGGAGCUCUAGGCGCAGCUUUAGGAAGAAGUUUAAAAUUGUCAGAGACUCCUGGGUGACGGAUUCGAUAAAAAGAGGACACCUGAUAAACGACAAUGACUAUUUAGUUUGAGUGAGGUUUAUGGCUUGGUGAGGCGUACAGUAUGUACCUAACCCAAACCCUAACCCAAACCCUAACCCAAACCCUAAACCCCUUCUGGUCUGCCUCAACUUCCAGCACUUCUGCAGUUUAUUGUCCAGUCAGCUAGAAUAAUUAUGUCACACACGGUCUGACACGGUAAUCUUACUCUAUUGUAUUCAUAACUAUAUAUAAUCUACUUACAGAUUUUUAAAUAUUUAAAAAUAACCAGGCUCAAGGUUACAGUAUUUGAUGUAAAAUGUACAUGGAUGGAAAAUCCCACACAAUAUAUAUUUAAGCUAAUUUCUCAGGGUGAUGAGUUGAAUUAAUAACAAGUCCGUCAUGAUGAUGAUUUAGAUGACGGCAUAUCAAAUGUACUACCAAUGCCAUUAUAGAAAUAAAUGUUGCAUUGUGUACCUCCA